AUGUGUAAAGAGCUCAAAACCAAAGUGCUGCGUUUGGUGCAGCCGGCCUCCAAUGGACCGUCUCUGCGGGAAGAGGACCACACAGAUGCUGCUGAAAUCCUGAGUUGCACCGUGAAGGCUCUGAAGGAGGGCCAUGUUGUUGCCGUGCCCACAGACACCAUCUACGGUCUGGCAUGUCUGGCCCAGAACUCUGACGCCAUCAGAAAGACGUACAACAUCAAAGGGCGAAAUGGGCAUAAACCGCUGGCCAUCUGUGUGGGAGAAAUUCAGGAUAUCUAUAAGUAUUGUAAGGUGAUGGUGAAGAAGGAGCUGCUGUGUGACCUGCUGCCUGGUCCCGUCACUCUGGUGUUUGAAAGGUCCGAAGUACUGAACGUAGAUUUCAACCCCUUUACUUCACUUGUAGGCGUCCGUAUCCCAGAUCAUGCCUUCAUGAGGCGUCUCUGCCAGAUGUGCGGGGAACCUCUUGCACUUACCAGCGCUAACAUCAGCUCGCACGGUAGCACUGUGGCUGUAAAUGAGUUUAAAGAUCUUUGGCCCAAGGUAUCAGUGGUAGUGGACGGUGGGCCUAUCGGAGACCAGAGCCGCCUUGGGUCAACAGUGGUCGACCUAGUAUCAGUACACAACAAAUAUCGCAUCAUCAGACCUGGCUGUGCCCUUUCGUCUACGGUUGAUGUGCUGCAACACAAAUAUGGACUGUCAGAGGACUCGGGGAAAGAAUGACCUUCGAACUUGCCACACUCCGUAACACACGCUGAGACGCACAACCAGCU